UGAACGGGCUCUGCAGGAGGAGGAUCCACCUAGGAUGUCAGCUCUGAAGAAGGUGUUGCCAGGCAUACUGAAGAAGCAUUGCUGUAUCUUACCAGACAGGAACACAGAAUCACAGUGCACACUGUGUGGUGAACCAGAAGACCAGCAGUAUUCAUGGUCGCCCUCGCAGUACUUCGAUGAGGACAGCUACUCCCCUCCACCCAGGAACAUGAAGGGUCUCUCCGGCGGCCGCCCUGCCCACCUCCAGCUCACCUCUCCCACCUCAGCCCACACCUGCGGCCUGGUUGAAUGCGACCAUUCCCUGGACCAUCACCUCCAUCAUGGAAACUCACGGCCCCCCUCCUACCUCCUCAGUCCCACGGAGAGCUGCCCCCUCGAGAGCCAUCACCGCUGCUCACCGCGGAGCUCCAUCCACUCUGAGUGCAUGGUGAUACCGGUGUCCAUGUCGGCCACCGACCACUCCAUGGCUAGUAGCACUUUCCCUCGCAUGCACUAUGGCAGCGCUUCGGAGUCCCGAGACGACGGUGGCUCCUCCUCGCAUGGCGGCAGCGGCAAAAUGAACCGAAUCCCAGCGAACCUCCUGGAUCAAUUUGAGAAGCAGAUGCCGCUGCACCGGGACGGCUUCCACACACUGCAAUACCAACGCACCUCCACCACGACCACGACCACAGAGCAGCGCAACGAAAGCCCCGGGCGAAUACGACACUUAGUCCACUCGGUACAGAAGCUCUUCACAAAGUCGCACUCUCUAGAAGGUUCCUCCAAAAUGAAUGGCACCAAAGGCGACUCGCACCGGGACAGCGCACACCACCACCAUCACCACCACCAAGGCCACCACAAACACAGCAAACGCAGCAAGAGCAAAGAACGCAAGUCUGACGGCAGCGGCAAGCAACGUUCGGGAGGUUGGUGGAGUUCGGACGACAACCUGGAUAGCGACAGCACGUACAGAACGCCCAGCGUCAUGUCGCGGCAUCCCGUGGACCACAUCGGCCACUGCUACCCUGACACGAUGCACGGUCACCUGGCUGGAGACCUGUCGCUAAAGACCUCCAAGAGCAACAACGACGUUAAGUGCUCAGCCUGCGAGAGCAUAAGCAUGGCGCCAGAGGGAAAGUUCAUGAAGAGGAGCUCCUGGUCAACGCUAACUGUCAGCCAAGCCAAGGAGGCAUACAGGAAGUCCUCACUCAACCUGGAGAAACCCAUGACACCCACCGACCUCAAGCCCAACAUCAGGCCCUGCCACUAUCUACAGGUGCCCCAGGAUGACUGGGGGGGUUACCCUGGCGGUGGGAAGGAUGACGAGAUCCCUUGUCGUCGGAUGCGGAGCAGCAGCUACGUUAAAGCCAUGGGGGACGAGGAGAGCGGAGAGUCGGACUCCAGCCCCAAAACAUCGCCUCAGAAGUUGGUGCGACCCGACGCCCUGGUCAAGGCCAUCAUCAGACCCAGGGAACUGCUGGACUCCCAGAGUCAGAGCUACCACUUGCAAGCCGCCAGGGACAUGCACCCAAGCAUUGCCCUGGAUCCCUCUGCCAACUACAACUCUCCCAAGUUUCGCUCCAGGAACCAAAGCUACAUGCGGGCAGUCAGCACCCUCAGUCAGGCUAGUUGUGUUAGCCAAGUGAGUGAAACAGAAAUAAAUGGCCAGUUUGAAUCAGUGUGCGAGUCGGUGUUCAGUGAGGUGGAAUCCCAGGCCAUGGAGGCUUUGGACCUGCCCGGCUGCUUCAGAACCCGGAGUCACAGCUACCUGCGAGCCAUCCAGGCCGGCUACUCCCAAGACGAUGACUGCAUCCCCCCCAUGGCCUCCACUGUCACCUCCACCAUCAGGUCUACCACGGCCAUCACCUACACACCCAACUACAAGAAGGCUCCUCCUCCAGUCCCGCCCCGUACCACAUCCAAACCCCUCAUCUCCAUCACAGCCCAGAGCAGCACCGAGUCCACCCAGGACGCCUACCAUGAAGGGAGGCACCCUCAUGGUGGGAUGUGGGCCCCCGACGGCCUCAGCCUGGGGCUGAAUCCAGGCAGGGGUCUUUAUAACUCCACCGACAGCCUGGACAGUGCCAAGGCUGUGACCAUAGCCAUGGAGGCAGCUGGAGUCAUGGCUGGAAAAAGACACCCGUCCACAGACAGCCACAGCUCGGUGCUCACCUGCGACAAGGCCAUCCUGGUGUCCAGGGCCGAGGAGUACUUGAAGACACCACGAUCCUCUAUAGGAAUACAGGUGGAAGCAGCCACUGACUCUGAGUCUGAAAGCAAAGGCUUGCGGGAGUACCACUCUGUUGGGAUCCAGGUGGAGGACAACAAGAAAGGACAAGGCAGGUUCAAACGCUCCAACAGUGUGACUGCAGCCGUGCAGGCCGACAUGGAGCUGGAGGGCUUCCCUACCAUGGAGGACAAGGGCCUUCAGUUCGGCGGGGGCUUCCAGCGUCACUCAGAGCCCAGCACGCCCACCCAGUACGGGGCGGUGCGGACCGUGCGCACCCAGGGCCUCUUCAGCUACCGCGAGGAUUACCGUACCACCGCUGAACCCCCCAGCCCCAGGGAGACCACCUGCGAGACCAACUGGCAGCUGGAACCCCCCUCCCCGCGGGAGAACGUGGCCUCGUCGGGCGAGUCUGGCAGGGCUUCCCCCUCCCUGAGGAGGGAUGGGAGCUGGUUCAUGCAACUGCUCCACACGGAGACCAAGAGGAUUGAGGGCUGGUGUAAAGAGAUGGAGGCAGAAGCUGAAGAGAAUGACCUGUCAGAGGACAUCCUAGGUAAAAUCCGAAGUGCAGUGGGAAGCGCUCAGCUGCUUAUGUCCCAGAAAUUCCAGCAAUUCUACUGGCUGUGUCAGCAAAAUCUGGACCCGAGUGCCAUGCCGCGGCCCACCUCUCAGGACCUGGCUGGGUUCUGGGACUUACUGCAGCUCUCCAUCGAUGAUGUCACCAUGAAGUUUGACCAGCUGCAGCAGAUCAAGAACAACAACUGGAGGCCCGUAGACAGCCCGGAGAAGAAGGUGAGGGGUCGCAUCGACACCCCACCAGCUCCUGUACCAAAGAAGACAAUUCGACAGAGGAGUAUGGUGACGAGGGAGAAAUCCCUGGACCUCCCAGACAGGGGGCGGCAGGAGGCCCGGCGGAGGCUCAUGGCAGCCAAGCGGGCAGCCUCCUUCCGACAGAACUCAGUCUCGGAGCGGGCAGACAGCAUCGAGAUCUAUAUUCCCGAGGCUCAGACUAGACUUUGA